UAAAGACCAUAGCAACAAACCGCCAUGUUUUUUUCCUCAAGACGACGAGAAACGAAGCUUCUUUACAGACAUUUAUGCAUGGCAAAUCAGUUUUUGAUCGAUUUGAUAUGACGCAAAGACAUAUUUCAGCUUCAAUUUGUCGUCGGCACAACGCCUGACAAAUUCGGCGAUUUCUAAAGGGUGUUCAGAGCAGAUUGUCGCCUCCUUGGGUCGUCGUAGAUUCUUUGAAAAUCAUGGAGAGAGCAGAGGUGUUCGACGUUGUGAAAGUGACUGAGGAGGUGGAGAGCUGCUACAAUCAAAUGAAGGUGACAACCCCUAAAAAGAGGAAGAGCAAAGCUCAAGAAGACAGUGUUGAGAAGCCAAAGAGGCCGAGGUCUGCCUUCCUGCUCUAUUACUUUGAUGUUCACCAGAUGAUGCAGCAGGAAAUCCCUAAUCUGCCACAGUCUGAGAUCAACAAGCGUAUCAGUGAGAGCUGGAAGAGACUCAGCGUGGCGGAGAAAGCCUACUAUCUGGAGAAGUCCAAGUCUGAGAAAGAGGGCGUAGACAGUAACACACCGUCCCUCAGCCCCUCCAAAGACUUGCCAGGCUUCCGCAAAAUCCUCCCCAGAGCCAGUUACUUUUUCUUGUCUAAAGGCUGCUUGUCAAACCACCAGCCGGGUGGCUCUCAGUCAGAGGUGAGCUUGGACUCUCUGGACUCUGCGAUAGAGGGAGGCCUGCCUUCUGUCUCUCUCACCCAGGGGCCUCAGUUCACACCUCUUGGGCUGGCCGCUGAGGUGGAACUGCCCGAACAGCAUGUUGUUGUUGAUGGCAUAGCGGAGGAAACAGCAGUGUCGUCUCAACCAACGGACCCCCAAGGAAUCACACACUCCUCUUCCUCCUCUGUCUCAUCCAAAGCCUUGACUACCAUUGAUGCCCACGCCUCACAGGGCUCCGCCAACCUUACGGCCAGUGAGGUCACGCUUAAAGGAAAUGAAGCAAGAUUUGUUGGUGGUGGUUAUGGUGGACCGUUGGUUCAGCAGUUACAGGGUGAAACUGCACAGGUGGUUACUAUCAUACCCACUCAGAACCUGCUGGAGUCCAAGUCUUUGGCAGGUGUCAGCUCUGUGGGCCCAGUGAUGAUGGUCUCUGUAGGAGCCAGCAUGGAACAAAGUGCCAAACCUUCAUAUAAAAUGUCAGUGAAGACCUACACCAGGAGAGGUCGAGGGAGGUGUCUAAAUCCUGGAUGUUCAUUUGUUUAUGUCACCCGCCACAAGCCACCCACAUGCCCUGAAUGUGGGAGCCACCUGGGUGGAAAAUGGAUACCCGCUGCAAAGAAGACACAAGAGAAGGGAGCUGCAUCCAAGCCACAGAAAACUGAAACCAAACCUAACGAAAGCUGCCAACCCACACCUCCCACAGCUCAGGAGGGAAAUGAUGUUGGUAAAACAAACACCACCGGGGGCAAAAAAGAAGUUCAGCGGUGCUCCAGGAAGCAGCGCACAGCUGCAGCUGGACAGCCACCAGAGGGCAGCAGCACCAAGGAGCAGGAACAGACAAAACAGUUUAAAGACUGCCUCAAGGGCGCGACAGUCCAGGGUCGAGACAGAAUAAACUUUGCUGUUCAUAAGAGGCCUGUGAGACCCAUCCUUCCUGCCUACUACACCACAGGCCGUACUUUGCUCCAGAUAGUAACUGUCCCACCUGAGAAAGGAACAUCACAAAGUGCAAGCAACAAUAAAUCAUCUUCUGCUCCUCGAGAGAGUUUCUCAGGUCUCAAACCCAACACUUUAAAGCAGCUCGGCCAGACAGUCCCGACGACCUCAGCCAAGCAGGAUUCUGCUGUCCCAGCAGACGGAAGCCAGCUUGUGUCUUCACUGGAUGACAGGAGAAUGAAUGUCCUGUCAUUCGUGCCUUUAAAACAACAACAACAACAACACACUGUCUCCAGCUUUGAUUUGGGACUGUCUACAGCACGAGGAAGGGGCCGCUGUAAAAAUCCGUCCUGUGACUACAUGUACAAAAACAGACACAAACCUGCCAUGUGCCCUAAAUGUGGCUGUGAGCUGACCCAGAAGAACGCCAAGGAAACAAAGUCUGUGACUUUGCUCGAUCCGUACCAGCCCCUGAGUCCUGCUCAGAAGGACAUCCAGCGUCAAAACACCCUACAGUUGCUGCAACGUUCCCUGCAGAUUCCUGAGAGCGAGACCGAGCUCCAGGAAACGUUGAGCCUCAUCCAGGAGCUAAACAGUCUGCAGAUCGUCCUCGUUCAGACAGCCGACCAGGAGCAGGAUGGCAACGACGAGACAGAGACGCUGGUUGAGUCCGGUUGGCCUCAGUUCUAUGAAUCGGCAGCAACUCACUGCGGACUGUGCAACUAUCCGCUCUUCAAAGGAGGUCAGAGUACUGUUGCAGGUCAAGAGGACUGCUGGCUGCUCACUGAGACGCUCAUCCAGACCGCCUCUCUCCAGCUUAAAGUGUGUCUCAACGUUCAGUGUCUGGCUCUGCACAGCUUCACUGACCUGCAUCCAGGCUUGUUCAACAUUGGGAACAGACUGCUGGUUAGUAUGGACCUGUUUCUGAAGGUCAGAGCCAGUAUCAAACUGGGUCAUCCCCCCUCUCAGGCAGUCAGGAACGUAUUAGACCACGUCCCCAACCACCCUGUGCACACGCUUAGCCCAGAUGAGUUAUCUCAAAUCCACGAGCUCCUCCUGAGUGGCUACUGGGCCUUCGAGUGUCUGACAGUGCGCGAUUACAACGAUAUGAUCUGCGGCAUUUGUGGUGUUGCACCCAAGCUGGAGAUUGCACAGAGACACACAAACAACGUGCUGGAGCUGAAGAAUGUGGAGUUCACGUGGCCCGAGUUCUCAGUCUCCGACGAGGUGCACAUGGAUGACUUCUGGCUCACCAUGGAAAGCGAGGCUAUCGAGCAAGCGACUUUCCCCACUGACAUCCCCAUCACACGGGUGGAUGCUUCUAUCAUUGCUCCCUUCAUCCCCCCACUUAUGAGGAGUCCCACCGUUAUCAACACGGAGAAGGACAAGGUGUUGUCACACCCACCUCAGCCCUCAGGAGAUCCAUCGGUUUUGGUACGUCUCAUCCAUGACGGUCAGCUCAGACUUGACAAGAUUGAAGAUCACAGUGAGGAAGAGCUGAGGACAAUGCUGGACCAAUGCGGGGCGAGCAUCACCCCGGACAUCCCCAAGAAUGAGCUGCUGGCCUCCCUGAUCUCCCUGUACACACUUGUUCAUAGUGGCCUCCCCACGGCCCCACAGCCCCCGACACACCUCACCGCCGGCAAGCUGUCCAAGGUCUGUCCUCACAAGGUGGUGAGCGGCUCUAAGUACUUGGUCAGAGGAGAAACGGCUCGUGACCAUGUAGACCUCCUGCUAUCCUCUCGCUACUGGCCUCCAGUCUAUGUCAGCGACUGUGCCCGUAAGGUGGCGCUCUGCGCUGACAUGCAGUACCCUGAACUGGCAACCCAGAUGUGGGGCAGGAACCAAGGCUGCUUCUCUGACCCCUUCGAAAAGCCAGAGUUUGUGUCGUGUGCUGAGCUGCAGGACCAGCCGUACAGCGCAGACCUCUCAUUAGUAGCAGAGAACCAGCAGGUCCACCCCAUCACCAAAUCAUCUUGUUGCUGGCUGGUUCAUCCUCCAGGAGCAGCCCAGGAGCCUCCUGCUCCUCUGUCAGAGCACCACUCAAUGGCCCUCUGCAGAGAUCUGGAGCCCUACUGCGGCUUGAUCACGGAGCCUAAAAAUAAAGAAAAACAAGAGGAGGACGACGAGGGGGCAGAACAGACGGAAGAGAUGGACAAGGCUGAGAAGGGGCCCACAGGGAAAUCAGAGGACUCCUCCUCUGUGCCUGUGGUUUUCAACAACACCGCUUAUUACUACCUUUACAACCGCCUGAUAGAUUUCCUCACCAGCAGGGACAUCGUGAGCCAGCAGAUCAACCAUGUUGUGAAGGCCUGCCAACCUGGCGAGGUAGUGAUCAGGGAUGCUCUCUACCGACUGGGAGUGGCGCAAAUCAACACAGAGAAAGAGGAGGAUGAAGGAAGUGGGAUGGAGGGACAGAUACAGGAGGGAGGGACGGAGACGUACGAGGUUGUGCUUCCUGAAUAAAAGCAGCAGGACGAGGGAUGAACUGAAGAUAAAGACAGGAGUACAGAUGACAAGACAGACAAGACAAGCGCCACCAGAAAGAUCCGAGACUUUAGAAGUGACCAGCCUGAACCAUCAAUACAUUGUUGUCAGGUUUUACUGAUGUGAGGAAACAGGCUGAAUAUGGAUGAAUGAGUUCAAUUUUGCAGAAUGGACCGUUUUAUUGUGGUUAAUGAAAUGAAUACGGAGUUGUCAGUGGUGUUUACUGUGGAGAUGUUUCAUAUUACAGGUUGCAUCUUUUAGCCACCUCUAACUUCAGUAACAGUGUGUGUGAGCAUCAACGGAAGUCAGUACGGUGCAGAAAGAAUGUCAAAGCAUUUCAAGUGACUAAAAGAAUGUAACAGUAUUUUGUGUCUUUUACCAAUAAGGUGCCAAAAUUUAAAAGAAGUGAGAGUGUGUGUGGUUUCAGUUCUCUCCUGUGACUGAAGGAAUGUAAACAGGAUUUUAAUAACUCUGCUACUUCAAGCUUAAAUGUACAUAUUUAAUCAUGAAGCAUAUGUUGUAUUUAUUUUUGCUUUACGUUUUACACUCGUACCUCUCCCCUGCCACUUGUGGCCUUUUGGAUGUUUGCAUUUUUAAAGUGAUCAUAAAAUCUAUCUCUACAUUGUGCUAAAUCAUAACCUGGUGAUGGACCUAAUGACCUUUGUUUACCUUUAUUUUAGGUUACAUUUCCUCUUCAUGAAGAUCCAUUUAAAUCCAUCUAUUUGCUGCAGUGUCUUAGAUAACAGAGGGGAUACCAGAUAACAGUUUGAAGACAAGGCUUACAGUAUAGAGGUGAUUUACAGCAGCUCUGACUAAGAUUAUUACUCCAGGCAUGUGAAAACCCAGCAGAGCGGAGACAGAAGAGGCAUGAAGUGUCUUGUUACCGAAGCAAUUAAGCUUAUCUGGGUUUGGCAAAAGAGAAAUUUGAAUUCAGAAAGUGUUUUGAGUGGGGAAAAGCUCCAGACUGUAAAUAAUGUGACAUCUAAUGUUACUUCAGGCAGAAAACCCCUUGAUGCAAUGCAGACAGGUUCUUAUGAUGUAUCAUAUGGAGUUCAAUUAAGAGGAGCGUUAAUUAGCAAAUGUUCAAUAAGAAAAGAAUUAACAAUCACUUUAAAGUGCUUCGUAACCAGCUCUGGAGGAAUGUUUCAGAUUCUUCACCAAAGUGAAAGUACUAGGACAAAUCUGAAAAAAUGU